AUGGUAAAAUUUGGGAUCUAUGAAAAGGGCUUUGCUGCUGUGCUCCGAAUGCCUAUGAAUGUCUGUCGGUUGCGUUUAACAGUACCACCUGAUGAAGGUUUACAGCCUGAACAGGGAGCAAAGGAACCUGAAAGAAAGAAAACGGAGCUCUACCAUGUACCAAAUGGAAUGUCUCCGGGAAAGCUCUCUCAUGGGAUGGUGUAUGGUGUUGUGCACCGAACUGACAACAACCAUAAGAGAGAAAUGGUGGUUUAUGGCUGGUCAGCUGAUCAGCUGAAAGAGGAGAUGAAUUACAUUAAAGAAGUGAGAGCAACUCUGGAAAAAGUAAGAAAGAAAAUGUAUGGUGAAUAUGACGAAAUGAAACGAAAAAUACAGCAGCUGACGAAUGAACUGAAAGUGACAAAUGCUCAUCAGGAAUCCUUAGAGAAUCAUGUGCGAGUGCAGGCUGCAGCCUUAGAUAGCUUUAGUGAAAUGAACAGCUCCUUGACAUCAGCAUCAAUAGAAUUGCAGAAAACUCUAGUGGAUGUUACAUUGGAGAACACUGAUAUAAGGGAACAAAUAAGGAAUUUAAAACAUACACAUGAACAGUCUAUGGAAAAGCUGAGAGAGAAGCAAAAGCAACUGGAAACAGCACAAAUUGAAAAUCAGUUACUGAAAUUAAAGGUGGAAUCAUCGCAGGAGGCAAAUGCUGAAGUCAUGAGAGAGAUGACAAGAAAACUGUAUAGUCAGUAUGAGGAAAAAAUGCGAGAAGAGGAGCAGAAACAUAAAGCUGAGAAAGAAAUCCUCCUAGAGGAGACGAAUCGGCUUCUGAAGGCUAUUGAAGAGGCAAAUAAGAAGAUGGAAAUUACAGAAACAAGCAUACAGGAAAAAGACCAGAGAAUUGGUGAGCUGGACCGGCUGAUUGAACGCAUGGAAGAGGAACGUCACCAGCUGCAAAAACAACUUGAACUAAAUGAAAUACAAAUAUCCGGAGCAAAAUCUGAAAACAGCUCUGACAGUGAAAGGUCACAGCAUUUGGAGGAGGUAGCAGCUAGCCUAAGAGAGCGAAUCAAACAUCUGGAUGAUAUGGUCCAUUGCCAACAGAAGAAAGUCAAGCACAUGGUUGAGGAGAUUGAAAUGCUAAAGAAGAAAGUAAAAGAAAAGGAAUUAUUUAUAAUACAGCUUUUAGAAAAAAUAUCUUUCUUAGAAUGUGAGAAUAAAGAAUUACAAGAUAAAUUGGACUACUUAAUGGAAAACCAACAAAAGACCAACAUAGAAACCAGAGAUACUGGUGUAGGAUGUGAUCUUCCAUACAGGAAAUUCAUUGCUAAGCUUCCAGAUAAGGGUAAGAAGAUCUCUGAUUUUGCCAAGAAGUUGACACUUGCAAUUUUACAAGAGGAAGAAUUAGCGAGGACAGCUGAGCUGUUAUCUGCUGUCAGGUUGGAGUUUCAGGUGAAACAGGAGGAGAUUAAUACGAGCAAACAGCAAGUUCCCUUAAAUGAGGACACACCAAACCAUGACAAUUCCUCAGUCUCUAAUGAAAACCCUAAUAUUAAAGAAGUUUCAGAGAUUUCUUCCCAAAGGCAGGAGGCAGAAUGUAUUGAGCAAGACACUGCAAAUACAGCUCUGGAAAAUCAAAGGAGUCGUAGGAAAAAUGAUAAAGUAAAGACUGUUACAAAAGAUCAGAAUGUUUUUUGUGAAGUCGUCUCCAAGUCAGCCAGCAGCAGACAUCUGACCAAUGAUCAGCAGGUAUCUCGGAGCAAUACUGAGGAUGGUACAGAAAGUACAGCCACUUUGGAUGACAGUAAAGACACAUUGGUUGAUGCUUUUCAAAAAGUUACCAUUAUAGAUGGGAAUAAUAGUGAAAAAGUAUUGGAAAAAGAGCAGAAUGUGGCUAAACAUAAGGGCAAUAUCUUUGGAAGCUUGCACCCCAAGACACCACAUUAUAUUGAAGUUCUAGAGUCUAGAGCCAAGAACCCGGUCAUAAAAAAAAGCAAAUUUAAACCAAAUGUAUUAUCAGGAGACCAAAGUGGAUCAUCGCAUGGCUCCUCAUCCAGUCAGUCACCUGGGGGAUUUGGCUCUCCAAUUACUACUGAAGAGAGACGACUUAGAGAUAAGAAACAUUUGAAUGACAUCACAGCAGCUCGGCUGCCACCGCUUCACCAUGCCCCUGCUAAGCUAUUAUCCAUAGAGGAAUCCAUAGCAAUUCAGAUGCAGCAAAAAGAAGCUUAUGAGGAAAUGCAAGCCAAGCUUGCAGCACAGAAGCUAGCAGAGAGAUUGAAUAUAAAAAUGCUCAGGUUUGAACCAGAGGGCGAGGCCUCGAUGCAAUACAGAGAAGUGAGAGAUGAAGAUUAUUUUUCAGCAGAGGACUGACUUCAAGAAGGGAUGUCUGACGAUGAGCCACGUAACUUAUCUUUAUGCAGUACUUCUUAAAACCCAAACCUGGAUAUUGAGAAUGCUUGAUCUAGUAUUUUUUUCUUAAAAUUUUAAUGUUACAGCUAUGGGAAGAGUUCAGUAUAAACCUCAUAAAUGUAAGCGUUACUAAG